AUUUUUGAAAUCGUGCACGCCUGCUCUACUGCUCGGAAAUUCCAUCAUGACGAAGACCAGUAGCGAUGAUGUAUCCCAAGCUCAGAUCCCUCUUUCCCCUUCCCAAGUCAAACCACCACCCGAUGGGGGCCUCAAGGCAUGGACCCAGUCUGUCAUGGGCCACCUGGUAUGUUUUAAUACCUGGGGCUACCUGGCCAGCUUCGGCGUCUUCCAAUCCUACUACCAGAACGAGCUUGGGGUGUCCGAGUCCGCCAUCUCGUGGGUGGGGUCCAUACAAAUCUUUCUCAUCUUCUUUGUCGGCACCUUUUCUGGCCGCGCCCUUGAUGCUGGCCUAUUCCGUCCUGUCUUCUGCGCCGGUGUUCUCCUGCAGGUGCUGGGGGUCUUCAUGACCUCGCUCGCUACCAGCUACUGGCAGCUCAUCCUUGCCCAGGGACUCUGCACGGGGCUGGGAAGUGGCUUACAGUUCUGCCCGACCAUGGGCCUCGUGGCCACGUACUUUGACCAACGACGCGUCUUUGCGGUGGCAUUUGCCCUAGUCGGCAGCGGAACAGGGGGCAUGGUAUUUCCGGGAUUGGUGAAGGGCUUGCUCCCGACGCUGGGGUUUGGCUGGACGAUGCGUGUGGUGGGAUUCGUCAUGCUCGCCACCAGCUUACCAGCCAUAGGUCUCCUACAGACACGACUUCCGCCGCGCAAGUCCGGGCCCCUGGUGGAGCUGGCUGCCUUUCGUGAUCCCGUGUACACGCUCUUUAUUGUGGGCAUCUGGCUCAACUUUUGGGGCAUGUAUUUCGCCGUCUACUACUUGGGAGCGUUUGGACGUACAGUCAUUGGCUUCAGCUACUCCGAGUCAACGAAUCUGAUCAUUGUGUUGAACGGCGCGGCCGUCGUGGGUCGGUUGGUCCCCGCAUAUUUAGCGUCUUUUCACCUGGGUCCGCUCAAUACAAUUAUCCCGCUGGCGGCGGCCGCCGGGGUGUUGAUGCUCUGUUGGGCGGCGGUCCACUCGUCUGCGGGGCUGUACGCCUUUGCAGUGUUGUACGGAUUUUGCGCCAACGGACUACAAGGCAUGUGGCCGCCGACGCUGUCAAGCUUGAUUACGGACCUGAGUAGGGCUGGAACACGGAUCGGCAUGGGCUUCACUAUAGUCAGUUUCGCGUGUCUGACAGGGCCGCCAUUGGGCGGUGCCCUCGUUGCCAAGGCACAUGGUUACAUUGGAGCGCAGAUGUGGGCGGGCGUGGCCAUUUUGCUGGGGUCCUUGGUACUUCUGGGUGCGCGAACAGCCAAGGUGGGCUGGCGUAUUCUAGUCAAGGUGUGAUUGGUUAUGUUUGAGAACAAAGCGAACCCGGUGAGCUUGUUUAUGUGAAGGCUUGGCAGGCCGAGAGAGAGAGAGAGAGAGAAUGUGGGACAAAGAAUAGGAGAAAAAGCGUGUAUCUACAGGGUCUGGCCGAAGAAACGCCGUAGUAGACUAGAACUUUCAAGUAAAUGACAACAUAACCUACGAAGUCGUGCG